UUAGCUUCCUUCUCAGCCAGCCUGGCUUCAGUGGACUGAAGUCUUUCCUCCUUUGAAGAAAAAUAGCUGAUAGAAAGGAUAUGGCACAUAGAAAAAUGUGGAAGGAGAUGACUGUCACCUCAGAUGGACAUCACUCAAACCCAACCUAUGUCUACAAGGUGGUUCUCUUAGGGAGCAUGGCAGUGGGAAAGUCAAGCUUAGCCUUCCGAUAUGUGAAGAAUAGCUUCAGGGAAACAAUGCCAACUGUUGGAUGUUCUUUCUUCAAACAGAUGAUACGUUUAGAGACUGCCAAUAUCAUGUUUGAGAUCUGGGAUACUGCAGGUCAAGAGAAGUACCAUAGUGUUUGUCAUCUUUAUUACAGGGGUGCUAGAGCUGCUCUUCUGGUAUAUGAUAUUUCUAGAAAGGAAACUUUCAACAGAGCAAAGCUGUGGUUGAGGGAAUUAGAGAAGGACUUUCUUCAUGAUGAAAUAGUGAUCAUUUUAGUUGGCAAUAAGACAGAUCUUGCGACUGAACGAGAAGUCACGUCAGAGGAGGUGAAAGAGUUUGCAAGAAGCAAAGGCCUACUGCAUGCAGAAACAUCUGCAAAAUCCAACCAUCAAGUGACUGACAUUUUUAUGGCCAUAGCUCAGAAAUUAUUGCAACAGGAGCAACAGAAGGAGACUACGCCAGUCCAGUCUCAGUCCUGGAAGAAGUCACAUGUGGAUCUGAGAGCACCAAACAGUAACCAGAUUAAGAAGUGCUGCAAGAGCUAAAUGAAAUGGCAGUCUGGCCUAGAUUUACCAUUAAAAGGGGUUUAGGGGAAAGGGGGAAGGUGAGUGUGCAAAGACAGGAAGAAGGGAGGCAUUAUGUAUCGGGCUUAGUGCCAAUUUUGAUACGACAACAAAGUCCUUAUGAUGCAACUGGAAGAUUAUAUGGUUAUUUCUUUAUUUUCACAGUAUUAGUAUUAGAAUAACAAAUUCCCAUAUAGAAACAAUGGCAAGAUAUACAUGAGCUCAAAAAGCACUGCCAAUGACCAUAUUUUCUGUAAGAAAUAUAUGCGUUGUAUAAGAAUACAAUAUCUAGCAUCGCCAUAAAAAAAGACAACACUCAAGACAAUGUUCUGCCCUCCGCCCCCAGCCUUGUAAGUUCCACAACACCCACAGAACUUUGGAAGAAGCUAUUAAAUCACGUAUGCAAGUAGGGCACAGAAUAUGAAGUAUGAUCAAACUAAGAUUUCUCU